AUGGGAAACAUUGCCUCCCAAUUUUCUUGCUGCUCAUCUCUACAGUGGCUUGAAACGUCCAAGGAACAACACAGAAUUGCAAAUAAAGAUAAAAAUUCGAGUUCGAAGCCAGAGAUUGCUGUAACUAAGAAGAGCAAUGGAAAAAUCUCCAUCUCUGCUGAACAAUGGUCCAUUCCCUUGGACAUCAUUAUGGAGAUCCUGAGCUGGCUGCCUGUCAAGUAUGUGCUUAGAAUGAAGUGUGUUUGCAAACAAUGGUAUGCUUUAACUCAAGAUUGUCAAUUCAUUGAAAAGCAUAUGAGCCGAGUUACAAAUAUUACUCACUUUUACAAUACUUGCCCAAUUUGUAGUGCUCCUUCCGGCAGUGGUGGUGGCAGUGGCAGGGAAAUUUUCCAGUUGAUCUGUGGUUGCAAUGGCUUGUUGCUAUCAAAAAGCAAUGCUUCUGGAAAAUACCAUAUUGCGAAUCAUGCCACCCGCCAAAUACUUGAACUGCCUGACCCACGUAAGAAUAGUUUUGGUAUGACAUUCUCUUUUGUACCAUCUACUGGUUGUUAUAAGUUGGUCUCUGUAUAUGAUGAUAACAAGGAAGCCAGAAUUGAAGGUUGUGAAAUUCUUACCAUUGGAAGUGAUAACUCAUGGAGAACUCUCAAUUUCCCCAACUUAAAAGAUGCUAACAAGAAAAGAGAGAAAAUUAUGAUUGUGUUAGCAGGUGAGGCUGUUCACUGCAUUAGAGUAAACAAGGUUAGAACAUGCUUUUGUACAGAGAUAGUAUCUCUUGAUUUGGAGAACGAGAGCUUUAAUAGUAAUAUUAUGCCACAAGGAUUGUUCUCGGAUUGGGAAAAAGUUUGGCCUUUAGAUUGGAAUGGGUCUUUUUCUUUUGCUUUUAGAGUGGAAGAAGUUAUCAAUGUCAUGGUGUUAGAAGAUUACAAGAAGCUCAAAUGGGGUAAAGAGAUGAUUGUUGUUCCCUUGGCAUUCAUGAACAGCACUUCAGAUUUGAUGUAG